GCCUCCUCCCCCACCCCACCCCGCCUGCUCUGCGGCGGAGGCGGCGGCGGCGGCGGUGUUCCUGCCUCUCCGCCACCUCCACCGCAGCCGCUGACCCCCGGCCGGCGUUGUUGGCGGGGAGGGGGACAGUAGUUGUAGACGCCCGCCCCUACCUCAGAGAAGGUGAAUGAGAGUUGAAUAUUAGACAAAAAUAGUUACCUCUCUACUCCUUGGUUUAGCUCCUGAUUGUUUUAGUCUUCGCUUUGUGGAGCACUCAUGCUGAAAAACUGAAGCCAUUAAUGGUUGAAUAUGAUCAAAUUUCACCAUCAAGUUCUCAGCCUGAUAACGAGAGUCCCUUUUUGUCAACCUAAUGAAGCAUUCAAACAAGUCAUAUGACUCUUUUCAAGAUGAACUUGAAGAUUAUAUUAAAGUACAGAAAGCCAGAGGCCUAGAGCCAAAGACUUGUUUCAGAAAGAUGAGAGGGGACUAUUUGGAAAACUGUGGGUACAGAGAAGAGUUUGAUUCCAGGCCCAGGUAUAGAAUGUUUGAUCAAAGACUCCCGUCUGGAAACAACUAUUCCUACCCAAGAUCAUGCAGUAGCUCACAGACAGAAGACCGGUUACCCCAGUGGUUACCAGCUCACGGCAAGCUGAGACUAGACUCUCUGAGCUACUGUCAGUUUGCCAGGGAUGGCUUCUCAGAAAAACAAGGCCCCUUGAACCUUAGUCAGCAAGAAUACAAUUGUGGCUCAUAUAGUGUAGAAUCUGUAGUUAACAAGCACCUUUGCUCAGGACACAGUACCAUUGACCCUCAGGCCAGUCAUAGACAAAUGCACCAGAAAAGGAAAAGACAUCUAGAGGAGAGCAGAGAAAAGCAGGAAGAACGGCCCAAACAUGAGAAGAAAAGGAGUUCUGAGGAAAUGGAAUUAAGUAAACAUAGGAGCAUUCAAAGAAAGAAAACAAAGGCAGAAACGGAAACUGUACAGGAUGGUACAGAAAAGCUUAAGAAUAGAAAAGAGAAGAAAAGCCGAGAUGUAUCCUCUAAGAAAGAAGACCGUAAGCGUAAGAAGGAGAAAAAGGAGCAAGGCGAACAAAGGACGGAGGAGGAGAUGCUCUGGGACCAGUCUAUCCUUGGAUUUUGAAGCUUCGUAGUUCUCCUGAGGCUCAGCUGAAGUAACAGUCAAGCUUGGUUUGAUGCCUUCGUGUUCAUGUCACUUGGAUAUGUGCACACAA